UCUGCGGGGUGAGGGGAGUCCAUGGGAGUUCGGGCUGCUUGGAGACACGCGGGUCCAUCUCCCAGAGCAUCCCGGCGGACAGGUGUCCGGACAUUAUCUUUGGAAGUUGUCCUGAAAAGGCACCGGCGGUGUGUGUGCGCGGCCGCCGCGGGCUUCCUGCUCCUCCUGGCGGCCUGUGCGCUGUACCUGCCGGACCAGGCCGCCCCGCAGCAGCAGCAGCCGCCACCGCCCGAGGUGACCCUCCUGAUCUGGACGCAUCCCUUCGGGGAAUACCGCGAACUUCCGGACUGCCUGCAGCUUUAUCAGAUCCGCGGGUGCAAGAUCACGGACGACCCAUGGGCGUACCCGCAGGCCGACGCCGUGAUCAUCCACCAUCGGGAGAUCGUCAGCGGUGACGCGUAUCUCCCACCGGAGCCGCGGCCCGACGCGCAGAAAUGGAUAUGGAUGAACUACGAGUCCCCCACGCACACGUCCGAGCUGUGGCUCCUGGAGGGCGUCUUCAACCUCACCCUGACCUACCGGACGGACUCGGAUAUUUUCCUGCCUUACGGCUAUCUGGUCCCCCGGGCGCGCGCAGCGGACGGGGCUCCUGACGGCGGCCAGCUCUCACUCUCAAGACGCCCGCGUAAGCGCUUCGUGGCCUGGGUGAUCAGCAACUGGUCGGCGACCCACGCCCGAGUGGGCUUCUACCUGCAGCUCCGCGAGUUCAUCCGAGUGGACGUGUACGGGCGCGCCGGGCGGCCGCUGCAGGGGGGCGGCGACAGCGUGGUGCGGAUGCUGCGGCGCUACAUGUUCUACCUGGCGCUGGAGAACUCGCAGCACACCGACUACAUCACGGAGAAGCUGUGGAACGCGGUGCUGGCCGGGGCGGUGCCGGUGGUUCUGGGACCGUCCAGGCAGAACUACGAGCGCUUCCUGCCGGCGGAGGCGUUCAUCCACGUGGAGGACUUCCCCACGGUGAAGGAGCUGGCCCGGUACCUGCUGGCUCUGAGGGGCGACCCGGCCCGGCUGAGGCGGCGGCACCUGGACUGGAGGAGGAGCUACAGCCUGAGGCAGCCGAGGUUCUGGAUGGAGCACUACUGCAUGGCCUGCAGGGCGGUGAGGAGGGCCAGAGGACGGACUCAGACGGUGACAGACCUGUGGAGGUGGUUUCACUCAUGAGAACAACGAUUCACUUUUAAUUUAUAGAUGAGAACGUUCUGGGAGUUCACCUGGAUUUUGCUGCUGAGGAUUUUUCACUCAUUUUCACAUCAGUGUUGAUUGUUUUUAAGUGGACUCACGCUUAUUUGACUGUUUAAUUCCAUAAAGUGAGCAGUCACCAAUUAUAACACAAGCUGUAAACAUUGCAUUUGAUCAAAUCACCAAAUACACAUCAAAUAUGUUGCUCAAUGCUCUACUCACUACUCAUCAAAAGCAACUUAGACUGGUAGGAACUCUGUGUUUCGACAUCUUUGCAGUUCUCUGGAGGUUUGUUUCUGGGUUUGUGGUGCAUAGAAACUAAAUGCUGCAUCUCCAUGUUUGGUUGCCACUCAAGUCCGAUCUAUACGUCAUCCGGGCGUUAAAAAAAAUACAUAAUAAAGUGACAGAACUGA